AGUAAACGUGCUUCGUGAUCGAAAUAUACAUUAAACAAAUACGUGACAUUUUUAUGAAGAAUUAUGGUGAUCAGUAAGAAGAGUGAGUGGUGGAUAGGAUGUGGUAUGGGGCUCGUGGGUAUUGGGCUGCUCUUCAGCACGACUUGGUCAUCGAUUUUCCACGCAAAAAUAAAACACAUGAUGAUUCUCAAAAACGGCUCGACCUCAUUCGACAUCUGGCGCGAGAUCCCGAUACCGAUUUACUUAGAAUGUUUUCUCUUCAACAUCACAAACGUGGACGAAGUACUCGCGGGGAACAACGUAACGAUAAAAGUACAAGAAAUGGGUCCGUAUGUGUUUAAGGAAAUUAAUACUAAGGUUAAUAUAAGUUGGAACGAGAACAGCACUGUGACGUUUAGAAAUCAAAGGUUCUGGUACUUCCAGCCUGACAUGUCGAACGGCAGUCUCUCCGACAAUGUCACCAGCAUCAACCCAGUAAUAGCGACAAUAGCAUAUACGUUGCGCACGGAGAGGGUGAUUUUAAAAGUAAUGGUGGACAUGAUUCUGCGCACAUACCAUAAGAAUAUAUUUCUGAAAGCGAACGUCUCGUCCUGGCUGUUUGACGGCGUCAAAGAUCCUAUCCUGGAUCUCGUCGGACAUAUCCCUUAUCUACCUUACACAAUACCAUUCGAUAGAUUCGGAUGGUUUUAUAAACGAAAUGGUUCAAUAGAAGCGGAUGGUCUAUUCGUCACGAACACUGGAGCUGCAGAUUUCAGAGAACUUGGCAAAAUCGAGCGAUGGCAACAAACCAAUAGAACUGUCUACAGAGACCAGUGUGGAGAGCUCAAGGGGACCACUGGGGAACUCUGGGCGCUAGAACACGAACAGCCAGAGAUACAGAUCUACGCUGCUGACCUUUGCACACAUAUGUCUUUAGCUUAUUCUGGACCGGUGGUGAAGCAAGGCUUGCCGGGCGUGGAAUUUGCAGCCAACGACUCACUAUUUGAUAACGGAUACAAAUACCCAAGUAUGGCAUGCUAUUGUGAUGAAGUUCGAGAUGAAAACUGCAUGCCUGCUGGAGCUUUGAAUGUGUCCGCUUGCAAAUAUGGAGCCCCAGCCUUCGUGUCUCGGCCACACUUUCUAGGCAUGGACCCGUACUACCCCAGCAAGAUCGAGGGGCUGAAACCGACUGAGAAGCACAAUUUCAAAAUGGCGAUAGAACCAGUGACUGGCAUGCCCCUGGCUAUAUCGGCGCAGCUACAAGCCAAUGCUCUUGUCAGACACAUACCGGGUAUCAGCAUCAAUAACCAGCUGCCGGACGCGGACACGUUGGUACCGAUGUUCUGGUUCCGCGAGGAUAUCCAGGUCGACGAGCGCUACGCCAACUUCGCGGCGCUCGCGCUCGGUGUGAGGUACUGGUUCCCGUACGGCUGCUACUUUUUUAUAGUGGUAGGAUUAUGCCUGAUCGUCAUUGGCGUGUGCAGAAUAAGAAGAUAUGCGUUAGCGAGGCUAAAGGAAGCCGAUAUUACAGCGUCGCAGAAGUUUUUAAGUCACGGCGAUAAGGAGCACGACUUCGGCUUAAAAACGAUAGAAAACAAAUUAUGAUUCUUAAUGACAUAAUUAUAAAGACUGUAAGAAAAGUACACAGUUAAGUUUGUGCCAUUUGAACAUGGGAACCUUAUUUUUAAUUAGUUUUAAGCUAUUAAUUAUGAAAAAUAUGUUUGAAUGAGUUUUUAUAUUAAGUGUGUGUACGUGCAGCGUGUACCGUGCGAUUGUAUGUAGUAUAUAGAUUGUAUGUAAUUUAUUAAUUGUAUUACGUAGGAAGACUGGUAAGUGGGCUAUCUUAUAGUAAGUGGUCACCAGCGCCCAUAGACAUUGGCACUGUAAAAAAUAUAACCAUCCCAUGCAUCGUCAUUGCACCGCCAACAAUAACUAAGAUAUGUCUCUUGUGCCUGGAGUUACGCUGGCCUGGCUGACUCACCCUUAAAACGGAAACACAACUAUAUAGGUACUAAAUAUUGCUGUUUUGCGACUUAAUUUGUAGUAAUUUUUUUUUGUAUUAAUAAUACAAUAUGUAUGUUUAUCAUUAUAUAUGCACGCAAAAGUGUAUGUACUUAAUGUUUUUCGGAAUAAAAGUAUACAACAGCGGAGUUAAUUCCAUGGUCGCAUAAAAAAAAAAUACUAAUUGGCGGUAGAGUACUUGAUCUACGGACAGUGUUGACCACUUACCAUCAGGUGGCCCAUUUGCCCACAUCGGCGGGCUACAUCGAGUUUCAAGUUUGACCAAACAGUCGUAUAUGAACAGCCAUAAAAUCGAUUCCAAUAAAAGUACGAGUAAAAGAUAAAUAAACAAUUUUUACAUAUAAAUAAUCUGUGGUACUCAUUAUGGAUUCGUGAAAAAUGGCGUUUUGAAUAUCAACGUAGUUGUUACCGUAAAAAUCAAGUGGAAAUAAGUAGCUUCAUAGAAUAAUAGUGUUAUUUUAUAAAAGAAAAUAUAAUUCAUCAUGCAUAAGCAGAGCUAUUAGUAAAUCGCAUGGAAUAUGUAAAUCUAAGGUUUGUUUAUCUUUUUCUCUUCUGCCACUGGAAUAACCUAGCCCCGCUAGCUUAAAAUUAAAUCUAAUUAAUGAAGUUUGAGUGAAAUAAUUUUUUGAUGUUUGUAAUAAUAUUUAUUACAAGUAGCGUAAAUAUAUUUGUUUUAGUUUUAUCCAUUUCAUGUCUAUGGUAUAGUUUUGUAAAUAGUUUUAUAAUAGUGAUCCUCGUUAUCUUAUUUGACUUGUUUAGUUUUAAAAUGUCCAUAGGCUCAAUUAUUUUCAUCGAUAUGUAAAAUACAGACUAUUAAAUCUUAUUUUUAAUCUGUGUCAUCGAUCCUUCGACAUUUAAUUUGCGAUGCGGUUGAAAAUAGGCUCGUUGACGUUGACCUCUACCUUCACACUUAAGUUUUUGGGUACACUUUGACCUUAGUGUAGGUCAAAGUUUCGCUAAGUUUUCUUUAGGGCGUGUACACAUGUCUACGGUGCGGUAGCGGCGCCGUAGCAUUACAUGGUGCCCUUG